ACAGAAGUCUGUGUCGGGACGCACAAGUUUGUGUUCCUGCUUGGGAGAACUUUUCUUUUAACCAGUUUCCUACGACAGUUUUUUUUUAAAUUUCUGUUUUUUUUUUUUUUUACUGCGGGUCCGAGGGGUUAAAAUUAAGAUUCCAGAUGGCCGAGCUGGUGCGAAUUCGUAAAAAAAGGCUGCAGAUUCCCAUCUCAAGGCUUAGGAGCAUCCUGAAGCAGCUGGAUGAGAAGGAUGUGAACUUUGAGGAAAUCAAAAGGAGUUUAGAUGUCACCGCAUCAUUACUAGAGGCGGUGUGCCUUGAUGGAACAAGGCAGUCUCUGGACUCAGAGGAUGACCUCCAGCAGCUGCACUCAGAGGGCAUGCCCUCAGAAAUCACCGACUGGCUAGCCUCCACCUUCACCCAGAGAGCCCGCCGUCCCACCCGCCGCUCUGACGAGAAGCCAAAAUUCCGCAGCAUUGUCCAUGCAGUGCAAGCUGGGAUAUUUGUGGAAAGGAUGUUCAAGAGGGCCUACACAGCAGCCAUACCAGACCAACCUGUAGCUGUCGUAAACUGCCUCAGGGAUGUUGACCGCUGGAACUUUGACAUAUUCGCUCUGAAUGCAGCCAGCUCUGACCAUGCGUUACGGACCCUGUUUUUUGAGCUGAUCAUCAGAUAUGAGCUCAACGGCCGUUUCAAGAUCCCCAUCACCUGUUUAACUGAGUUCCUGUCUGCAUUGGAGAGAGGCUACUGCAAACACAGCAAUCCCUACCACAGUCACGUGCACGCUGCCGAUGUCACGCAGACGUUACACUGCCUGCUCCUACGCACCGGACUAGUUCAUUGGCUGUCUGAGCUGGAGGUCAUGGCGUCCCUGUUUGCAGCGGCUAUCCAUGACUACGAACACACAGGAACCACAAACAACUUCCACAUUCACACAAAGUCAGAGUUUGCAAUGAUCUACAAUGACCGGGCAGUACAGGAGAGCCAUCAUCUCAGUGCUGCAUUUCGCCUUUUGCAGGAGGACCAGAUGAACAUCUUCACCAACCUGACACGAGAGGAGUGGAUGGAGCUGCGAUCACUGGUAAUAGAGAUGGUGCUGGCCACAGACAUGUCUUCUCACCUCCUCCAAGUAAAAGCUAUGAAAUCCUGCCUACAGCAACAGGAACGGAUUGACAAACCAAAAGCACUGUCCUUAUUACUUCACACGGCGGAUAUCAGCCACCCAUCCAAACCUUGGGCCCUGCACUCCCGCUGGACCAAAGCUCUGAUGGAGGAGUUCUUCAGACAGGGUGAUAGAGAGGCAGAGCUGGGCCUGCCCUUCUCUCCACUGUGUGAUCGCAACAGCACUCUCAUCGCCGAGUCGCAGAUCGGUUUCAUCGACUUCAUUGUGGAUCCUACCUUCAGCCUGCUGACGGACAUGGCUGAAAAGGUAGUCAUUCCUUUGGUAGAGGAGAACCCAGGCCCACCGGACCCCAGCAGUAGACACAGUAAUCUUUGGAAGGAGAGCUCCAGAGGUCUUCAGUGGAGCCUGGCCCACAUAACAGCGGAGCUAGUGAGCUUCCGCUCCACCUGGACACGACACACUGAGGACAACAAGUUUAAAUGGAAGGAAAGUGGCUCCAACGGGUUCUCAGAUCCCGCCCUGACAAAAGAGCAGAGAUCCAGACAGGAGGAGCUGUCUGAAACCCGCAUGCAAUCCCCCACUGAUGACACGAAACAGUAGACGGGGACCAGGUUGCUGUCUGAUGCCUAUGUGCUAUUUCCUGAAGAAUCUACAGUGGUCAAAAGAAGUUAAUAUUGACAUCACUGUUUGCAGUAAAACAUGAUGCCUUAUUCAUGUGUUUAUCUUGCAAGGGUGGGGGGAGGUCAUGGAGAGAGGGGGGGGGGAGAAGAGAGAGAGAGGAUAGGAAACUGAGACAGGAGAAAGGGGAGGUAUUGCUUGAGGUCAGGGAUAAGUGAUCAUCUUCUCAAGGUGAGACUCUAUAGUCACAGUUAUGUUUUCAGGUCUUAUAUGAUGCCGAGUACGCUAUGAUAUUUAAUGCAAAACCUACAUGCUGGCCAUGUUGUAGUAUAUGUCAUGUAAUUUAAUUUGCCACCUGAACACUUGUAGGAAACAUUUUACCUGUAGUGCACCAAUCAUUUAACUGUGUACUGUAAUAAACCUUAUGU